AUGGAGCCAGAAAACUCAACUAUGUCCUACCAUUUCCAGGGGCCAUCAUCGACGACACCUUCGAAUUACUCGUCUCCUUCAUCUUAUGCAGUCAGUGAUUCUGGAGACGACCAAAACUAUGCCACCUCGGCCAUCAGGACAGAGCCCUCGAACCACCGCUUCUCCCCAUACUCACCGCCUUCUAUACAAGUCACAGCGCCAUCAUUCUACAGCCCCUCCAACGGAUAUAGCACUGGACAUGCGCUCCCACACCGACGACAAUAUCAAAAUUCGCGUCGAAAAUCGUAUGGCCCGUCUUCAAGAUCAACCUCGAGAUCACUUUCACCCUCCCCAGCCCUUUCGCCACCUACAAGACCAAGGAUGCCAUCCAUCAUCAAAAGUGAAAGUUAUUUCGCUACAGGGACUGAUUUAAACUACUACCCUAAUGCUCCAUCACAACUAGCGCAGGUGACCGCUGCAUCCCCAUCGACUCCCACCCUGGCCCCUAUGGUUUCAUUUCCUUCCUUAUCCCUCCCAUUGCACCCCGCGCUGGCCAUGUUCCAGCGAGUGCCGCAGUUCCAACGUCAUGUGGCACGGCUUCAUCAGAGAACAGUAGAUAGGCUCAUCCAGCCCUAUUGCAACGAGUCUGAGAGCGAAAGGCCAUUUGGCAGGCUCCCAAAAGAGGCCCUCGACAGAGUCCUGCAACAUGUCGACUACUUAACACUUCUCCGUGCCAGAGGGGUUUCCAGGACCUGCCGAAAAGUGAUCAACCCGCAACUAGCAGACCGAGAGGACAGAAUAGGACUUGUGCGAGACAUGGAAAACCGGAGCCGAAACUGCAAAGCUCAACCCGAGGGGACCGGGAAGGCGACAAACGGUAAUGGAAUUCCAGGCAAAGUCGGGUGUUACUUCUGCUUUACCGUCAAGGACGCAACCCUCUUCGAAGCGCCUGGCAAUCAAAAGCAUUACGCCGUGGUCUGGGUCGACGAAGUCACCAAGAAAGCACGCUACGAGGGGCUAGCCGAUGAUGACCCGCGCAUCCCAAAACCCAAUGAUGAGAAUUUCAAAGGCGGGAUUAAGUCCAUCCCUGGUCGCCGAUCAAGCUACAACGCAGGGAAGAUGGGAUAUGGAGGUGGCUACACAUCACCGAGCCAAGAGUUGACUCAAACCCAAGCUUGGCAGUCCCCGGUCAUGCAGCCUGUUCAACGGAGUCUAUACAACAUCCACAAUGGAAACCAUCAGUUACAGCAGUAUCAUGACCACCAUCUGCAACAACAACAACAACAACAACAGCAAGAGCGGGCCGUUGUGAUUAGUUUGCGAAGAUACUGCAUUGAGUGUGGCGUUGCGAACGAUCUUUACGAGCCACGGUCGGUAUUCAAGGACUGGACAGAGAAGAGGAAGCUCUGGGUUUGUGACUGUGCAAAGCUCCCGCCUCUUGAAAGGAUACACGAUCAGGAGAGUGAAGACUUCUGCUCCAGAUGUAAUGUGAGGGCUUCAUAUCGCUAG